AUGAGUAGUCCGCAACGAGAAGUCCUUCAACAAAUUCCUUGUAGAGACCUCAACUCAAAAGUAGGAAAGGUAGCCGAACAGGAGUACAGGAUCAGAAGAUUUCGACUGACUGACCGGAAUGAAAAACCGUUCUCGUCAGGCUGUUAUCCGCCGCUUAUCUUACCCGCUCACCUUUCACAGUCAUUCUCUUUUCAUGAGGAAAGAUCAUCGUCGGUAGACACGGGGAAAGAACAGAUUGAGAAGAGCAUUUGCUAUCGCCAACGAAGGAGAAAAAAGUCGUAUACAAUGACUACAGACUCGAGGACGUCCCAAGGUGACUGGCACAUUGAGGUGGAUGACGACGUGCUCUUCAAAGGACUGCGAGCCUGUGCUGAACGUGCCUCGAAGACGGGCAUGACAAACUUCCAUCGAAUUUCGUAG